AUGGUCAACAUCACCCACGUCGACUUGUUGAGGCUGGCGACCAGUUUCCCCUACGCCGAUCAGCUCCAGGCCGUUACCAAUGCCUCGACUGAUCACGUUUCCUUUCUGGCCUACGAUGCGUCCUUUGUGACGGACGUCCUUGGCUCCAAUGUAACUCAGAAGCUUGUCGCGGAUUUACCUUGGGCUGCUUUCCACGAGGCAGGCGUCUACAACAAGGCUACUGGCAAGCUCUAUGCGACCAGUAAUUGGAAUGGGUCGUUGGACAACCCCAUCAACGUCACUGUCAUCGACAUUCACAACGAUGACAAAGUCAGCUCCAUUCGAUACCCCAACCUAGCAGAGGCCAACGGCGCGGCAGCCUUCUACCCCGUUGGAUCAUCGCCAAACAGCACUGCAGGUCAACAGAUUGUCUUCUGCGACGAAGGCGAUCUCCGUCGUGGCCCGUCACAGCUCACUGUCGUUGAUCCGGCCACCAACAAGUCGGAAGUCAUCCUGAACAACUUCCUGGGACGAAACUUUUCCAGCAUCAACGACAUUGAGCAGCAUUACCAUACUGGAGAUCUGUGGUUCACUGACGCACGAUACGCAUACUGGUACGUCGUCGUUGGGAAUUCAAGAGGUAGUGGCGAAAGCUGACCAGAUACAGGCAAUACUUCCAAGUCGAGCCGUCUAUUCGACCUCAAGUCUACCGCUUCGAGCCCAAGACCGGCGUCGUCCAGGCCGUCGCCGACUACUUCAUCGCACCCAAUGGCUUCGAAUUCAGCCCGGACUUCAAACACGCCUACGUUACCGACACUGGCGUGCACACAUUCCCCGGCAAGGACAACCUCACCGCGCCUGCAACGAUCUACCGCUUCGAUAUCACUCCGGAUGGCAAGCGGCUGGAGAAUCGACAAGUGUUUGCCUACAGUGACCAAGGCUUCCCCGAUGGUAUUCACACCGACACCAAGGGCAAUGUGUAUUCUGGUACGAGCGAUGGUGUGCAUGUCUGGAACCCUGCAGGUGUCCUCAUUGGCAAGUUUGGGAUCGGGGGCAAUGGUGUCAACAACUUCGCCUUUGUUCCCGGUGGCAUGUAUAUCUUCAAUGCCUACAAGCUGUGGAAGGUGACGAUCAAGGCCGAGGGCCGUACCGUCAAGCGCGACUUUGGGCUGUAA